AUACGAGGAUGCAUUACGAGCUCGCGACUUGGACAGUAACAAAAUCGAUACUAUGCUUAUAGAGCUAGCACAAAUUGAGGCUGAUAUAAAUGCGCUAAGACGUCGGAUCACGGAACUGGAAGAAGAGGUGAUGCGCAUCAAAAAGGACAAUCAGAGUCUUCUCGGAGAGUUGCAAAGAACUCGAACGGAUGUGGACCAAGAAACGCUAAACCGCAUCGACUAUCAAAAUCAAGUGCAAACUCUAUUAGAAGAGAUCGAUUUCAUAAGGCGUGUUCAUGAGCAGGAGAUCCGCGAAUUGCAAAGUCUUGCCGCUCGUGAUACAACGCCCGAGAAUCGGGAGUUCUUCAAAAAUGAACUGGCUUCUGCAAUCCGUGAUAUUCGGGCCGAAUACGAUCAAAUAACGAAUGUGAAUCGCACGGACAUGGAAUCGUGGUAUCGACUUAAAGUGCAGGAAAUCCAAACGCAGUCUGCUAGACAGAGUAUGGAGCAUGGUUAUGCGAAAGAAGAAGUGAAGAGACUUCGUACACAGCUUGCCGAUCUCCGGGGCAAAUUAGCAGACUUGGAAGGAAGGAAUUCGCUGCUAGAGAAACAAAUCCAAGAGCUGAACUAUCAAUUAGAAGACGACCAGCGAUCUUAUGAGGCAGCGCUAAAUGAUCGAGAUGCACAAAUUCGGAAAAUGCGAGAGGAAUGUCAAGCUUUAAUGGUUGAACUGCAAAUGCUGCUGGACACGAAACAGACACUAGAUGCUGAAAUAGCGAUUUACCGCAAAAUGUUGGAAGGCGAGGAGAAUCGUGCUGGACUGCGUCAGCUGGUGGAACAGGUUGUGCGCACUCAUGAACUAAGUCAACACGAUGAUACUGAAAUGAUGCGUAUUGUGAAAGGCGAAGCAGCGUCACGUACUUCGUUUCAAAGAUCCGCUAAAGGAAACGAACUGACAGACUUUAAAUCAGAUGCGAAAUAUGCGUUUAUGUUGGGGAUGCUGACAGCUUCUGUUUUCAUGGUAAAUUCGGUAACAGCCGUUGAUCAUAAAUUAAUAGUGAUGAUCAAGUCACAACAUAGUUUGCAGGAAGCAGCAGCAGACGGCACAUUUGUCGUGCUACAAAAUACCCAUCGUGCCAAGGAAGAAAUGAUUGGUGAAUGGAAACUGAAGAGAAAAAUUGACGGAAAGAAGGAAAUCGUUUACACGAUGCCACGUGACUUCAUCCUUAGACCCGGAAAAAGCGUUAAGAUCGUAGCUCGCGGGCAUGGCAUAUCGUCACCACCGGAGCAACUCGUCUUCGACGGAGAAGAUACAUUUGGCAUCGGCUCAAAUGUACAAACUAUUCUCUACAGCCGUGAUGGCGAAGAACGAGCCACUCAUAUCCAGCGUUCUAGCCAAGCCUGAAU